UGAUGUUGAAGCUACAUCUGAAAUCAGGCUCACAAAUAUCAUGACCAUGGGGAGGAUCAUCUUCUACGAGGAUCGUAACUUUCAGGGUCGCUCCUAUGAGACCGGCCAAGACUGCCCUGAGCUCACCUCCUACCUGAGCAGGUGUAACUCCUGCAGGGUGGAGAAUGGCCUCUUCGUGGUCUACGAGAAGCCCAACUUCAUGGGCCGUCAGAUCCUGGUGAGGAGGGGCGAGUAUCCAGACAGCCAGCACCUGAUGGGAGUGAGUGCGAGCGACUGCAUCAAGUCCUGUCGCAUGGUCCCCAUGCACAGAGGCCCCUUCCGUAUGAGGGUCUACGAGAGGGAGAACUUUGGAGGCCAGAUGCACGAGCUGACGGAGGACUGCGACAACAUGAUGAAUCGUUACCGCAUGUCUGACUUCCAGUCCUGCAAUGUGAUGGACGGCCACUGGAUGUUGUACGAGCAGCCCAACUACAGAGGCGGGAUGCUGUACCUGUGGCCAGGGGAGUACAGGAACCUCAGAGAGCUGGGGUGGAGCAACGUGUUGAAGUUCAACUCCUUCAAGCGCAUCAUGGAUUCCUGUUAAACUCUCAAUGUACGGGGUGGAAAAAUAAAGCAAUCUGAAAUCCAA